CAGACAGUUUAACUUUGUUCUUCAGCUGAGCAACACAUACGAAACAAACCUUAGUGAACACUUUUUAAUACACAGAUAUUACCUCUAUCAUGGAUGCUCAAAAUUUCAUCAAAAACUCUAGUGCACAUGUAACAUCAAAAUUUGAUGAAAGUUCGGCAUUUACAAAAUUUUUGAAGCAAACUGCUGAACAACAAACACGAUUACUACGGGAAGAAGAAUCAGAAAAUGUCACGAACAAAUUUUCAAAAGAUCACAAAUCUCCAUUUUGUAUCGAGUCCUUGCUCAAAUCCGAGGUACGCCCAGACCGAUAUCCGCCCCUCAGCCCACCUUCCAACUCUUCACCGCCACCUGGCUUCCCCACCCCUCUGCCCCAGUUCCCUUUCCCCCCUCAACUCUUACCCUACCUACUCCCCUCCCCCCAAACUCCUGAUUAUGUGCAUAUGGAGUACCUCGCUAGACAAGGAGUCUUUCUCAACUCCUUUCCCGCUUUUGCAGAGUUCCAACAUUCAUUGCUCGGUAAGAACCGUCGUCCAAGAACUGCUUUUACCUCCCAGCAGCUCCUGGAGUUAGAAAAGCAGUUUAAGGAGAGUAAGUACCUGUCUAGACCUAAACGGUACGAGGUAGCAACAAGUCUAGGUCUUUCAGAAACACAGGUAAAAAUCUGGUUCCAGAACCGCCGAAUGAAGAAUAAGCGGACCAAGGGCGGAGCCAGGGAAGGACGAGGGGAGGACAAGCACGAUACGUCCUACAUGGACGAGGACGAGGAUGUAGAUGUGGGUAGUGCUGAGGAGGAGGUCAGGGUAAAGACGGAGGAUGGUGAGGUUGAUGUAGAGGCUGGGGAGGCUAGAUUGUAUCCGGAAGUUCUCUCUCGGCUUGGAUAUCCAUUCCAGUCUAAACUAUUUAAUCCUUCACUACCAUGUAAACCUAGCUUUUCAUAGUUUAAUAAUGUCAUUCAUACAUAAAUAUAUCAAUACUGUACAUACCUA